AUGAAUAAUACAAAUAUUAAUAGACGUGAGAAGAGGAAAAGACAGGAGGAAAUAUAUAAUGUUAUUCAGAAAAAAAUAAAAAAUUGUAAUAUGUUGAAAUAUUAUCAAAACGAAAAUCAAAAUGAUUAUGAUUUCUCUUCAUUAAUGAAGAAGAAUAUUGACAUAAAUAAAAAUGAACAGAUAUAUAUAAAGAAUGUAGAUAAAGAUGAGAAAAUAUGUACUUAUAAAAAUGACAAUAUAGAGAAAGAUACCUAUAACUUUAUAAACAAUGAAUAUAAUGAUACAACAUUUUUAUUAUAUGAUGAAAUAGGUGUACACCAAAAUGGAAAUAAGAAUUUAAAGUUACAAGUUCAUUUGAAGAAAUACAAAGAAGAUGAUAACUUCCAGCAUUUUAUUAGAAAAGGUUUGAAGAGGAAAAAUGAAAAGGACCUUAAAAUGAUAGAUUAUAAGAACUAUGACAAACAGAAUGAAUGCAACAAAAUUAUUUGUGAAGAGACACGAUGUGAAAAAAAAGGUUCUAAAAAGAAUCAACAAGAAGUGAGCACAUGUAAUGAAAUGAAUAGUUUGAAGAAUUAUAAGAAAAAAUUAGCUCAUCCAAAAAAAAAGAAAACUAACCAGAAAGGUAACAAUGUUAAUGAUAAUAAUAAUGAUAAUAAUAAUGAUAAUUAUAAUAAUAAUUGUAAUAAUAAUGAUAAUUAUAAUAAUAAUAAUUUUAAUAAUAAUAAUUCUAAUAAUAACCUUUGUAAUGACAAUUGUCAUGAUAAUAAAGCUCAUUCACAUAUGUGGGAAGGCUUAUUAAAGAAAGACGUUCUUUUAUUAUUAAUUCAAGCAAUUAAAAAUAUGGGAUAUAAUAAAUCAGCCAAAUAUUUAGAACUAGAAAGUGGUAUCGAAUUAGAACAACCAAUAAUAAAAAAAAUUCAUAAGAAUAUUUUAUCAGGGAAAUGGAAGAAUGCCAUCAUAAGUUUAAAAAAAUUAAAUAUAAAUAAAAAAUUAAUAAAAGCUAUAAGCUUUUUAAUAUAUGAACAAUGUUUUAUAGAAUAUUUAUAUGAAGGGAAAUAUUUUGCUGCUUUAAGAUGUUUAAGAAAUAAAUUACAAACAUGUUGUUUUGAUGAGGAUACAUAUCAUAGAUUACAUCAGUGCACAACCUUUUUUAUGAUAAUAAAUAAUAACAAUGAUAAUUUUGACAAUAAAUAUUAUUGUGAUGAUAAAUAUUAUUGUGAUAAUAAAUAUUAUUGUGAUAAUAAAUAUUAUUGUGAUGAUAAAUAUUAUUGUGAUGAUAAAUAUUAUUGUGAUAAUAAAUAUUAUUGUGAUGAUAAAUAUUAUUGUGAUAAUAAAUAUUAUUGUGAUGAUAAAGAUAAUUAUAAUAUACAAUAUACAUGUAAAGAGAAAUAUAAAAAUUCUCGUAGUAUUUUAUUUGAAAAAAUUAACAGAUUAUUACCUGAACAUAUUAUCAUACCACCUAGACGACUAGCCAUUUUGCUUCAUCAGUCUUUGAAAUAUCAAGUUGAUAAUUGUUUGUUCCAUAAUCAUUUUUCUCAACAAAUUUUAAAACGUAAUAAAAGAACUAUCAAAUCUAAAAAAAUGGAAAAUCUUAAAUUACACAAGAAAGAUAAUAAAAAGAAAAACAAAUGUAAUAAAUCAGAAGGAGAAAUGAAACCAUGUCAUAUCAAGGAAGACAUAAAAAAUGAUAUCAAAAUUGAGGAUCAUAUAUUUAGAAAAGAAAAAAAAAAAAAAAAACAAACAAACAAACAAAAAUACAAAAAUGAAAAUAAAAAAAAUAAUAAAAAUAAUAAAAAUAAAAAAAAUAAUAAAAAUAAAAAAAAUAAUAAAAAUAAUAAAAGUAAAAUUAGUGAUCCUAUAAAAAGUCAUAAAAAUAAAAUUGGGGGCCCUACCAAUCCAAGUGCAAAUAAUGAACCUACAAAUAAUAAUAAUAAUAUUACAACUGUCACAACAGAAUGUUUAAGUAAUGAAGAUAUAUUAAAUACAUCUAAUAAGGAGAAUACUACGUUUAUGAAUACAGCCAUAUGGAAUAAUGAACAUAUACAACAAAAUAUACAACCAAAUAUACAACAAAAUAUACAACCAAAUAUACAACCAAAUGAAUAUAAUGUGACCAAUAUUAAUUCAUCUUAUUAUAAAUCCAAUACAAAAUGUUUUAUGACAUACCCUCCAAGUGCAGAAACAACAGUGGUUCCUCAAAAAUGUAAUAAGGAGGAAGAAUGUCAAGAUGCAUAUCCUGCUAAUACAAACAACCCAACAUCUUUAGAUAUAUAUAGCAAUUCUACAACGUAUGAGAACCAAAGGAAGAAAAAGAGAAACAUUAUUAUUGAACAAGAAUGUAAUGAAGACAUAUCAUCAAAUAAUGAUCACAAUUAUAUAAUGAAAAAACAAAAUAAUGAUAUAAUUAUAAAAGAAGGAACAAAUGAAAACUUAUUGAAGACAUAUGAAGAAGUUGUAAUUACUUAUAGUAAAAAUGAAAAUAUACAACAUAAUAAUGAUCAUACUAAUAAGGAAAAAAAUGAACAAAUAAAUAAUCUUAACAACAUUAAUAAAAAUAUAAAUUCUAAUAAUAAUAGUAUGGAACCAUUAAAUUAUAACAAUAAAUGUUGUAUGUCGAGUGAAAUACAACAACUAGAACAUAAUCAUCUGGAUAAUGAAAAGAUAAAAGAAAUGAAGAUAAAUUAUAAUGUGAAAGAUAAAAAAAAAGAUAUAAACAAAAAAGAAAAUAAUAAUAUUAAUAUAAAUAAUAAUGAUGAUCAUCAUCAUCAUGAUGAAAUGUAUCAAAAUCAUAAUUGUUUGGACUCCAAAACAGAUCGAACAAAAAUUAAUAGUUGUUAUACACAUCAUGAAUUACAUUCUUUAUCUCUUUUAAAAAAUCAUGAAUGCAAAAAAAUAAAAUUACCUUAUUAUUGUAUUAAAAUAUUACAAGGACAUAAAGAUGAAGUUUGGUAUGUCAAUGUAUCGCCAAAUGGAAAAUAUAUAGCAUCGUCAAGUAAAGAUAAAAGUAUUUUUUUAUGGAGAGGCAUAUAUCCUUUUAAUAAAAUAAGAGAAUGGAAUGGACAUAUUGAUGGUGUUAGCUAUAUUAUAUGGAGUCAUAAUAGUAAAUAUUUAGUUUCAGGUUCUAAUGAUUCAAAUAUUAUUAUAUGGAGUCCAAAAAGUAAUAAAAAAAAAUUAAGUCUAAAUAUGCAUAGUGGUCCUAUUACAUCUAUCUGUUGGUCAAAAGAUGAUUCUAUUAUAGUAUCAUCAGCUUUUGAUAAAAAAAUUUUCUGUACUAAAUUAAAUGAAGAAUUAAAAAGUUUUUCUAUUUUAUAUGCAUGGUCAUUUAGUACGAGAAUACAAAAUUUUGUUUUUACAAAUAAUGAUCAAUAUUUAAUUGUUGUAGCGUCUGAUAAAAAUGUUAGAGUUAUUGAUUAUAAUCAAAAAAAAGAAUUAUAUAUAUUACCUGAAUUUGAUACAAUUACAUCUGUAUGUGCAUCUAAAUUGUAUAAUCAUAUAUUAGUUAAUAUAGCAGAUCAAAGACCAACAAUCAAAUUAUGGGAUGUUAAAUAUAGAUAUAUUAUUCAAACAUAUAGAGGUCAUAAACAAGGUAGAUUUAUUGUGCAUUCAACCUUUGGGGGUAAAAAUGAAGAUUAUGUUAUAAGUGGUAGCGAAGAUAGCCUAAUAUAUAUAUGGCAUAAAACAAAAGGAUAUCUAUUAGAUGUCAUAAAUGGACAUGCAUCUACUGUUAGUAUUGCUAUAUGGCCUUUAUCUUAUUCCAAAUUCCCAUAUAUGAUUUCAGCAUCUGAUGAUCACACAUUGAUGAUUUGGAACGUACAUCCUAAAAUUAACAAAAUUAAAAAAGAAAAAAAAAAGGCUAGAAAAAAAUUCAUUCAUCCAUUCUUAAGAGAAUUGACCAAAUAUAAUUCAAUCAAAAAUUGA